GUUAAGGUAGCUGUGGAAGAGGGGAAAAAAAGCACUAUAGUGACUUUAACAACAUUAUAAUGCUUAUUUUCCUCAGAUAAAAUCAUCAUUUGGCUUAGAAUUGGGUACCACCUUUCAUCUAAUUUUGAUUGAUUGAUUUACCAAAAAGUCUGACCAGUAAAAGUCAAAAAACAUAAUUCAAAUUUUGUUACAGACAAAAAUAUUCUAGCCCAGAAGCUUAAGCAUUGUUUUAAUUAAGAAAUGAUUAUGUAGGUAUUUCCUAAUUAUGAACAAAAUAUAAAAGCGUAAAAACUAUCACAACCAACCGCGGUCUCCCUUAAACAUUAAUAAAAAAAAAAUAAAACAUUUAGGCGUAAGAACUCAAAAGUACAGUGAAAAUCCUCACAUUGAUAAAAGAAAGUCCAAAUCCCCUAUCGCUCGCCGAUAUAAAUACACCGGAACUCACAUUCCUCUUCGGCGCCACUAUUCAGCCGAGUGUGUAAAGAAAAGGUGAUAAUCAUCGACAGGACGUCGGAAUAAAGUCAAAAUUUGAAGAUAUGUUUUUUAUUAAUCCGCGGUGUCGCGUUAACGUCACUCUGUGGCUGCCUGAGUUCCCCCCUUUGUGUUUACACAUCCGGGUUUCCCUGUUUGCAGCCCAUUCCCCAUUUAGAAGCCAUUUUGGACACAGAUCAGUAACAUGCAUGUAAACCCCCGACCGACCUCCCCGACGCAGCGGUGCUACUAUUCCAGCGAAUAACCUCAAAAAACAGCGUCCUGACAUCGAUUCGGACGCUUCAACUGCUUCGUGGAGCCGUUUCCGAUGCGUAAUGCGGCACCUUUUCGCGGACUAACACCCCGGCAGUCAAUUAAUCGCUCCUUUUCUUUGCAACAUUGUUGCAGCGUCGCGGCUAUUGAUACGCGUUGUGGUGGUGGUGGAGGAGGUGGUGGUGGUUAGGCUGCUGGAGGGACUGGAGAGGCCUGUGGUCGGUUUGAUCCUGGACUGAUGUUUUUGGCCAACCUGAGUUUUAAUGUUCGCGAAAGAAAGAGGACGAAAUUUCUGUCCUGUAUUUAAAGCGGAACAUGUCUUUUUCAUGGCUGACUUGCUCACUUCUUCUGGGAACUUUGUGCGCAGGGUACAGUCUGGGAGAGGUGGAGACCCGAGAAUGUGUGUACUACAACGAUAACUGGCGAACAGAGCGGACCAACCAGAGUGGAUUUGAGCGCUGCGAGGGGGAAAAGGACAAGCGGCUGCACUGCUACGCCUCCUGGCUCAACUCCUCAGGGACCAUCAAGCUGGUGAAGAAAGGCUGCUGGCUGGAUGACUUCAACUGCUAUGACAGGCAAGAGUGUGUCUCUAUGGAGGAAAACCCUCAGGUGUUCUUCUGCUGCUGCGAAGGAAACUACUGCAAUGAGCGAUUCACUCACCUUCCUGACUUGAUUGGCAGCCGGAGCCGAGUGAAAAUUCGGCCUCCACCCCGCGUGCAAUCAAUGCUCAACGUGUUGGUGUACUCUCUGCUGCCACUGUGCGUCCUGUCCUUGGCCCUGGUUCUGGCGCUGUGGAUGUACCGCCACCGCAAGCCUCCUUACGGCCACGUAGAUCUGAGCGAGGAUCCUGGACCGGUCCCCCCAUCCCCUUUGGUGGGUCUGAAACCACUGCAGUUGCUGGAAAUCAAAGCCAGGGGGCGCUUUGGUUGUGUUUGGAAAGCACAGCUAAUGAGCGAAUAUGUUGCCGUAAAAAUCUUCCCAGUUCAGGAUAAGCAGUCGUGGCAGAACGAACGGGACAUCUUCUUGACUCCAGGGAUGCGACAUGAAAACAUUUUGCGUUACAUCGCCGCAGAGAAGCACGGGACCAACCUGGAGACAGAACUGUGGCUUAUUACAGAGUUUCAUGAGAGGGGCUCAUUGACGGACCACCUGAAGGGCAACACUGUGACCUGGACUGAGCUGUGUCACAUAGCAGAGACCAUGGCCCGUGGCUUGGCCUACCUCCAUGAAGACAUUCCCAGCUACAAGGGGGAGGGGCCCAAACCUACUAUUGCACAUAGGGACUUCAAGAGUAAGAAUGUGCUACUGCGAGAUGAUUUAACUGCAGUCAUUGGGGACUUUGGGCUUGCUGUGCGAUUUGAACCAGGAAAGCCUCCUGGAGAUACUCAUGGCCAGGUCGGUACGAGGCGUUACAUGGCUCCGGAGGUGCUGGAGGGAGCCAUUAACUUUCAGCGGGACUCCUUCCUGAGGAUUGACAUGUACGCCAUGGGAUUGGUGCUUUGGGAGCUGGUGUCCCGCUGCUCAGAGACAGACGGUACAGUUGGCGAGUACAUGCUGCCGUUUGAGGAUGAAAUAGGUCAGCAUCCUUCCCUGGAGGACCUCCAGGAUGUGGUCGUGCACAAAAAGAUGCGUCCAGCCAUCAAGGACUGCUGGCUCAAACAUCCGGGCUUGAGUCAGAUGUGCGAAACCAUCGAGGAAUGCUGGGACCACGACGCUGAGGCACGACUGUCAGCCGGCUGCGUGGAGGAGCGCAUCAGCCAGAUCGCCAGGACGAUAGGCAGCACUACCUCAGACUGCCCCGCCUCCAUUGUGACGUCUCUCAUCAACGAGGACCUACCUCCCAAAGAGUCCAGUACCUAAACGGGUGACACCUUGCCUCACCUGAGCUCCUGACUUUUCUUUAUUUUUUUAUUUUAUUUUUUUUGUUUUUAAUUUUCAAACCCAAACUCAGCGGAUCUUCGUUAAUAUUUAACAACUCAGUCCCACCUCCCUUCCCUGUCACCCUAGCAACUUGUAUGCAGCUGCUAUUUUAUCUCAAUACUGGUAUUUUGUUUCUGUUUAAUGUUCCUUUGUGUUUACUAACGCAUCCAUCUGCUGUAGUUGAAAUAGUAAUAAGCUAUGCGAUGGGCACAUCCUACACCCACCUCUGUGUGAAACCUUAAACGUCGUCAGUACCGCAUGUACUUCUUUAACGUUUUAGUCUUUUUCUUUAAUUUUUAUUUUUUCCUCAUGAGUUGCUGUCUUUGUCGGAGUUCCCGUCUGUGGCCAAAUUCUGGAAAAACCUUCGCUCCAAACCUCAGACGACACGCUGCACACCUCGGAGGAAACAUCGAGACUGUUAAACAAAAAUAUAUUCAUCUUCCUCAGGGGUCGAAGCUUCUCCACUUAUACAUUUGGAGAGUGCUCCCUUCUUUCAGACCUCUGAAUUCUUCAGAAUGAGAUGGAGAGAAAGAGAGAGAGAAAAAGAACGGAGCACAGCUUUUUUCUUUUUAAAGGGAGGGAGCAAAAUCUGAACUGAGCAGUCAUAUUGGACGUUUUGGACUUUCUGAAGAUUUCGGGCAGAUGUCUUGUCCUUGGAACUACCUCUCAGGUAUCCAGCAGGCUUCUUUGGAACAUUUCUAUAAGUUGAGAGCCAAGCUAUCCAGCUAGCUAACAUGGACAUAUUCCUGGAUUAUUAUUAUUAUUGUUUUUUUUUAAUUGCUAAAAUUUAGAGUUACUCCUUUGCCAGUGCCAGGGGCAUUGACGGAUGCUGUCUGGAGUUGCAAUGUUACACAUUCUUAAUUUUAUCUGUAUGCAUUUGUGUGCGAGCGCGAGAGAAUCUGAAUGAUUUGAGACGGAGUGUGUGUGUUUUUAAAGUAAGGACGAUGAACAGGUAAUUGAGGGUUUAUCCUUGUGAUUGUCAUGCAUUUUUUUUUUUUUUUUUAAGUCAUCUGUGUUUGGUUACUAGACUCAGUCGGACACGGGUCCACAGAUACCUCAGUCACUGUAUGUCAUGCAAGGAGAGCUCAAAUUGGUUGCCUUUGUCUCAAAUGCAAUGCCAUAGUUGUACCAUAAUAUGAAUACCAUACAUUGAAUGUCCGUUAUGCUGCUGUGACUAUUCCAGGAUACUCAAGGAUUUGUAGAUGUACAUGUAUUGUUUGUUAAUGUAACACUAACUAUCCAUGAUUUUAUGUGAGGCUAAUAACCUGUUUUUUUGUGGGUUUUAUUGUUUUUGUUUUUUUUUUUUAGUUUUGUGUUUUUCCUUUUGACUGGGUAAGCCUUCAGCUGCUUACUCUUCCAGACUGACCUCAGAUAUUCUGACAAGUACCUCAGGCUUUUUCUACAUGUAUAUCGAGUUGUGUUAAUGUAUUUUAUUGUGUUUUAGUAGUCGAGAGGAUUUAUUGCAGGUGGGUGGCCUCUGUCUUUAUUUGGAUUUAAUUUUUUCCAUUUUUGAUAGAACCUGACCACUUUUCACAAUGUAUAUGCCCUACAAAUGUAAAAAGAAGAGAGGCAGAUUCCUGUAAAUAUGCUUAUACACACAGACGCCUAAUACUUAAAUAUUAUUUUUCUUUUGUUUUACAUUUUAUAUACAGGGGCAUCUUGAUAAAUUUGAGUAUCUUCGAAAAUUCAUUGAAUUCAAAUAGUGAGUCUCAGAUAUUAUUAAAACUCACAGAAGGAAAUAUUUUAUAUUUAUAUUUUAAUGUUGAUUGUACAUCACAGCCAAUGAAAAUACAAAUUGUAGUUUCUCAGAAAGUUUGAUCACUACAUCAGUAAUAAAAAAAUAUUUUUAAUAGGCAGUGCAGUACAUUCCCUCAAUACUUGGUCAGGACAGCCACUGUGCCAAUCUGUGCAUCCUUUUUCUGCUAUACGUUUUCCUUCCACUAAACUUUCCAUUAUUUUGCUUCCACACAGGACCCUGAACAGUCAGCUACUUUUGCAAUGACCUUUUGUGGCUUGCCCUCCUAGUGGUGGAGUUUCAAUGACAGUGUGCUGAACAUCUGCCAAGUCAGCAGUCUCCUCCAUUAUUGUGUUGGCCUCAACGUGGCCACAACAUUUCUGUAUUAAAAUUAAAAAUCCUAAAGGUCACUAAAGAAAAUGUCUGUUCAGUGUUUUAUCCCAGCAUUUUAAUGGAAGGAAAGAAAAAUGUUUUUAUUAACCUUAAAAACUUUUAUUGAUUUUAUGCAACGUUUUAACUUUCUGAGAAACUAGCGUUCAAGCUAUAAUAAUCAGAGUUAACAGAAAUGAGCAACUAAAUUACAAGACUGUGUAACAAACCUAUAAUUUGACAUUUUGAAUUGAAUUACAAAAAUACUUUUUGAUUAUAUUCCAAUUUUCUAAGAUGCACUUGUAAAGAAUCAGGGCAUUUGCAGUUCUGUUACAGAAAGAGAUUUAUUGACACUAUUGCUACCAAUCCAUCUAAGUUAUCUAGCCCUGUGGUUUCUGCUAAUUUUAAGAGAAGUGUUGCUGAUAUCAGUGGUUUAUGAUAUUGACUCAUCUUAUUUAGAAGUUGUGAGGGUGGCACUGGCAUUUAAAAAUUAGCGUGUAUAUCACCAACAAAAAGAAAAUCGAACAAAUAUUUUUAUGGUUUGGUGUGGCGGCUUCUGUGAUUGGCCACUUGUUUGAACAGUAUUGCCUCAAUAGUAACCUGCUGAUGUGAUGUUCUGACCUGUUAAUAGUGAUAGUUUAGCCACGUUGGACAACACACAGGCUCAUGUGUUGUGCUUUGAUUAGUGGUGGUGAAAGGUAGUGAUUAUUUUUCUUUCUUUAAAACAGUGGUCUGUAGCUCUUGCUGAUGUGCAGUUUUGGUAAAAAGGAAUUCUGGGGAAAAUAAUCAAGUCGACACUGAACAAUGUUUUUGAGUUUUUUUUUUUUUUUUUUUUUUGGGGGGGGGAAAACCAUCAUUGUGUUUGUAGCCACAUGACUGACUGAUGCAGCACCGUCGGGAUUCACGCUGACAGUUUCCAUGUGCAUGGUCUAAGGGUCCAGCAAUAUUUACUAUACAGCAAUAGUUGAUAAACUCAGCUGUGACUUUACAGUUAUCUUGUGCAGAUCAACACAGAACAACUCCUCACACCUGGAUCAACCUCCAUUGGGCGUCUGUUGAUGGGCAGUACAAAGAAAACAAACCCAGGCGUUUAAAACUUUAGUGCGGAAGCUGAACGUGGCCCAGGUGCUUUUUUUUUUCGAAUCGUGCCAGGCAAACGGCGCGUCAUGUGGUUAAAAUCUGCCAUGACCGCUUGUUACCUCCAAAUGCUGUCUUACACCCAGCUCUUCUGAACCGAAAAAAACCAUGUUACCUCAUGCAGUAUCUUUAGUAACACUAACACGGAGUCAGUCUCAUCUUCAACAAAAAAAUAUAUUAAAAAAGUCAAGUAUUGUGUAUAUAUUUACUUGCUAAAUGUAAAGGGUUUCUUCCUUUUCAUGUGUGGAUCCUGUGAAAGCAAAAUCAUAGUUUUUAUUUUCUUUCUUCAUUUGCAGUCGGCAUAUUUUUAUUUUUUUUUCUCUUAUAGUGUGAACGAAUGUUGGAACUAUGUGACCUUCCCUGUUUAUGUGAAUUGUGUGUGUGGGCGCAUGUGUGUGGUUGGUUGGUUUCUUUAAAUCGGUAUGAAUGAAAACUAUCUGUGCAUUGAAAUGCUUAGAACUAUAAACUAGAUGAGAAUACAUACAUCUUUUUGUAUAUGAAAAUAAAGAUAAAUCCUGAUAAUAC